GUCGGAGUAAAAGUCGUUAAUAUAGGUAGCUCAGGAUCCGAUAAAAACGGUGUCUCUCUCGUUUCCUCGCUGACACUUCUCUAACCUCUCCUCUUCUUCCUCCUCUCUCGAUCUGAGGAGAAAACCAAAAAAAAAAAAGGAAUCUAAACGAGAAGAAAAAAAGAAAACAAAUGGCGGAUCAGCUCACCGACGAUCAGAUCUCUGAGUUCAAGGAAGCCUUCAGCUUAUUCGACAAGGAUGGUGACGGUUGCAUUACCACCAAGGAGCUGGGGACUGUGAUGCGUUCUCUAGGACAGAACCCAACAGAAGCAGAGCUUCAAGACAUGAUCAAUGAAGUUGACGCUGAUGGUAACGGCACCAUUGAUUUCCCUGAGUUCUUGAACCUCAUGGCCCGUAAGAUGAAGGACACCGACUCCGAGGAAGAGCUCAAGGAAGCGUUCCGAGUGUUUGACAAGGACCAGAACGGUUUCAUCUCAGCAGCUGAGCUCCGCCAUGUGAUGACGAACUUAGGUGAGAAGCUCACAGACGAAGAGGUCGAUGAGAUGAUCAAGGAAGCUGAUGUUGAUGGUGAUGGCCAGAUUAACUAUGAGGAGUUUGUCAAGGUCAUGAUGGCUAAGUGAUGCGUUAUUGGAGGACCCCCUAAAGAAAGUGCCCAAACUUGGUUUGCUUGCCUCUCUAUUACUAAUACUCUUGAUGUUAUUACUGUUAUGUUUUUAAUUUCUUAUUCAUGAGACUCAGGUCUGUUUCCUUGUAUGCUCACUCAAUUUUGAGUCUGAACAUUUCUUGUGUCUUUUUUUAUUGCUCGUUGUAAGUUGUAACUGGUCUAGUUUGGUUGGUGGUUUCUUAUUAUUGGUCUCUAGUAAAGCAUUGUAUCAUGGUUU